AUGGAUUUUGGAUUUGAUGAAAGAACCGAAGAUUCGGUUCGUACGCCUGGUUAUUGGCUGUCGGCAAACAGAUCCGCAUUGCAUGCUCGCUUCUCAGGAAAUUGGGAUAAAAGUGCAGGAAUUGAAGAGCUCGGUGACGGACUUUUGUUAGACAAAUGGUACCAUCUAACUUAUACUCUUUCUGACUCUGAAAAACGGUUAGAUCUUUACAUAGACAGUGAAUGGGUCGGAUUCUAUUGUAUCCAGGACGUUAAAAAGCAAAAUGUUGUCUUUAAUGACGGACCUCUGUAUAUCGGACGUGCUUUCGCCAAUGGGUUUAAUGGCGUAAUUAGUAAUGUUCGCUAUUUCAACUGGCGUUUAAGUACAAGAAGUGAAGGAAGAUUUUUGUCUACUAAUAAGUAUUUGUCUACUAAAGGAAUCAAAUAUAAAAAAAUUAACCAAUAUAUGGUUGUUGGUAAUGGUCGGGAAAUCGAUUUGAAAAAUGAUGUUUGGACUGUUAUUGGACCCUAUGGUACGAGUGUAAAUGCGGGAAGUCCUGUGCCUUUUAAUACAAUUGUUGGAUUUAAUCAUCAAUCGACAGGAGGAAAUUUACAUUCUCAUAAUAUGAAUGAUGGAAGAAUUACACCGAUAUCAAAGCAGCAACAUGUGACCAUCAAUCCUGGUAUAAGUUGUGAUGAUGAUUUUUUUAUUCAACGAUAUAAUUCAACUAAAGAUGAAUCGGAGUAUUUAAUGAAUGGUGAUAUAAUUUAUCUUUUUCAUAUCACAACCAAUAAGCCAGCACUUUAUAGCAAUUCCAUAUCAUUUGCUGAUGGAACCCAAGAAGUUUCUUGUCAUAGAAAUGGAAAUAAUGAAAACAAAAAGUGGCGUAUUGAAUUAAUUGACUAA